UAACCUCAAAUUGCGUACCUCAUAUCAAAAAAUACAAAAUAAAUUGUCUACCAGCGUUUUAUCAGAAAAAUGUGUAAUGCGUUUAGUUUAAAAAUUUUGAAACGUUGCAAAUUAAAGCAAAUAAGUAUUAUUCCUAAUUGGGGAGUCAGACUUUAUAACACAGAUGUUUCUAAGGUUAAAGUUUCAGAGACGCCAAAAUUGGAAGGCGAUCAGAGUUUGAUCGAGGUGCUGCCGUCGUGGAAGGCGGACGAGGAGCCGGAGCUGCGGCAGGCGGUGGUGCGGCACAUGCGCGUCAUCCCCGACUUCGUCAGCGAGGCCGAGGAGGCCGCCCUGCUGGCCGAGGUGGAGCCGCAGCUCAAGCGCAUGAGAUACGAGUAUGAUCACUGGGAUAACGCGAUCGAGGGGUACCGCGAGACGGAGCGCGCGCAGUGGGGCGGGGCGGCGGAGGCGGCGAUGCGGCGCGUGCGGGCGGCGUUCCCCGCCGGCGCGCGGCUGCUGGCGGCGGCGCACGUGCUGGACCUGGCGGCGGCCGGCCACAUCCGCCCGCACGUGGACGCCGUGCGCUUCUGCGGCGACACCAUCGCCGGCCUGUGCCUGCUGUCCGCCGCCGUCAUGCGCCUCGCGCACCUCCGGCGCCCGCACCUUGCGCUCGACGCGCUGCUGCAGCGCCGCGCGCUUUACAUCAUGAGCGGCGUGGCGCGGUACGAGUUCAACCACGCGGUGCUGGGCGGCGAGGCGAGCGUGUGGCGCGGAGCCAGGCUGCCGCGGAAACGCCGCGUCGCCAUCAUCUGCCGCGAGCAGCCGCCGCCACAGGACUGACACACUCGCUAGUCGCGACUAAAGCGAGCUCUCCUACACCAAUACCAAUACCAAUACGAGCAUUGAUGGUUUAUGUGUAGAUAUAUAAUAGGGAUGAUGACAAGGUCAAAGAUUAGCGAAUUUUGU